AGUGUUGUUUAGGCUGAUUACAUGGUUGCAACUACAUUUCACGAUCUCAAAUUACAAAAAUUUCUAGGAAUUCCAACGGAUAUUCUUUUCUUUUCUCGUUUUCCAAGAAUUGCAUAUUCCUAAAGAAUUGAUUGUAUUUAAGAGAUAUGGACUGAAUGAAAAUAGCACGGAGCUUCAAAAUCCUUGGUCAAAAAUAGAACGUCGCUUUAUAAAAUAUGAACGUUUUGACAAACACCUAAACCAAAAUGCGACAAGUCUUUUUAUUUUUUCUUAUUUAUUUGGGUAGAUGUUUUUGUUCAGAAAUUGUUAUAGGAGCUGUAUUCGACAAAUACAAAGGCGCCGAUGAUAUAUACUCCGCUAGAGCUCUCAAAUACGCCGUUGACAAAAUCAACGAAGCAACCGGCGACAAUUCCCCAAAACUUGCCUAUAAAAUCGAAAAUAUCACGGAGAACAAUCCUUUCCAAGCCCUUAGAAAAACCUGCGAACUCUUGAACCUAGGAGUGGUAGCCAUCAUAGGACCAAGAAAUGGUAAAAAUUUCGAAGCAGUUCAGUCGGUAUGCGACGCCAAAGAAAUUCCUGUCAUACAAACUACUUGGAAUGCUAGACCCCUGAGGGAUUCCAAUGUUAUCAACAACCACCCUCAUCCUUCUGUUCUAUCCCAAGCCUAUCUAGAUUUCAUAAGGGUUUGGAAUUGGAAGAAGUUCACAAUUCUGUACGAUAAUGAUGAGAGUUUAAUAAGAUUAGAAGAAGUACUAAAAUUAACAUUGGAUCGGUCUUAUGUUAUCAUUGUUAGAAAGUUGGACCAAUACAAUACUGGGAUUUACAGGAAUAUAUUGAGAGAAAUGGCUGAUAAUGAUAUGACAAACUUUUUUAUCGAUUGUCGACUGGACUUUCUGCAAGAUUUAUUCCAGCAAUCCCAGCAAAUGGGUCUGAUGAACAAAAGAUAUAACUAUUUCGUGAAUAACUUGGACAUCCAUGUAUUAGACCUGUGGUAUCUCCAGUACAGCCAAACUAAUAUAACAACAUUACGCCUUGUUGAUACUGAAGAAGAGGCUAAACCAGCCUUGUGCAUGUCUUACUAUGAUGAAGAAACUGAAAUGUACUCCAAUUGUUUCCUCCGAACUAGUCAUACCCUGAUUGUUGAUGCGAUGACUAUGAUAAACAACACACUAGCUGAAAUGAACGAUGUGCCUGAUUUUAGUACCAAGAGCUUAUCCUGCGACAACAUGGACAAUUGGGAAUAUGGCCUGAGCUUCAUCAACCUAAUGAAAACGAAGUCUUUCAAGGGAAUGACGGGUUUGAACGUUUUCGACAAUGAAGGUUAUAGAAGCGACUUCCUAUUGGAGGUGGUGGAGCUCCAAGAAACAGGAUGGAUUCCUGUGGGGCAGUGGACAGGAAGUGGCGGUUUCAACUUGGCCAGAAUGGGACCGACCACCGUCAAUGUGGAUGAAGCUGAGUCCUUGGCCAAUAUGAAUUUUACAGUGCAGUUAACUUUGACAAAACCGUUUGGGUUUCAUACAGAAUCUCCGAACACCUUGUAUGGCAACGAUAGGUAUGAGGGAUUUGCUGUGGAUUUGAUCAAAGCUUUGGCAGAAAUGGAGCACUUCAAUUACACUUUUGUUCUUCGAGAAGACAACGACAAUGGUUCUAAGGACGCAAUAACAGGGGAAUGGUCGGGAAUGUUAGGAGAAUUGCUGAAUAAAACUACAGACCUGGCGAUAACAGACAUGACCAUCAAUUCCCAAAGAGCCGAGGCAGUAGAUUUCACCACACCUUUCAUGAAUCUAGGUAUAGCUAUUCUGUUUCAAAAGCCAAAAGAAGCAGAACCAAACUUCUUCUCCUUCGCUGAUCCUUUCGCUUACGACACCUGGGCAGCACUCUUUAUAUGUUUCCUGGUGGUGUCUUUUUCGAUGUUUCUUCUAGGCAGAAUUUGCCCCAGCGAAUGGAACAACCCCUAUCCUUGCAUCCAGGAGCCAGAGUACCUGGUGAACCAGUUCACCCUCCCUAAUUCUUUUUGGUUUUCGAUGGGAUGUUUGAUGCAACAAGGAAGUGAGAUUGCACCAAUAGCCACAGCCACUAGGAUGGUAGGGACCAUGUGGAUGUUCUUGAUACUUAUCCUUAUUGCUUCCUACACUGCGAACUUGGCCGCUUGCUUGGCUACAGAAAAUCCUGAAAAAUUGUUUAGUGAUGUGACAUCACUUGUUGAGAAUGCUGAUGUUAAGAAUAUAAGGUAUGGAGCCAAAAGAAAUGGAGCCACCUUCAACUUCUUCAAGAAUUCCAAGAAUCCAGUUUACAAGAAAGUAUACGAACAUAUGAAGACUUACGACGCUGAAGAUAUGGUAAAGGAGAAUACCAAUGGAGUGGAACUGGCCAUAAAAACACAAUACGCUUUAUUUAUGGAAAACAUUGCCAUAGACUAUGAAACUCAAAGGCACUGUAACUUGGAGAUGUACGGAGAUUUGCUAGACAAUAAGGGUUAUGGAAUUGCUAUGAGAAAACAUUCUCCAUAUAGAAGUAAAUUGAGCUCUGCUAUCUUAAAGUUACAAUCUACUGGAGUGAUGGAUAACUUGAAGAGAAAAUGGUGGCAGGAGAAAAGAGGAGGAGGACAAUGUGUUGGCACAGAUUCAUCUGAAGCAACACCUCUAGGAAUGAAGAAUGUUGAGGGUGUUUUCAUAGUAACUAUUGAAGGGCUGAUGAUAGGCCUCUUGAUUGUGUUAGUAGAAAAGAUAAUCAGUAUAAUAACUAUUAGCAGAAGAAGCAAUGUAUCUUUAUGGCGUACUUUCAUGCACGAAAUGAAGUGUUAUAUUGAUUUUGAGAACAGGUCUAAACCGGUCUUAAGGGGCGAAGAAGAGGAGGAAGAUCAAAGCAAAGAAGGUUAUGAAGAAAUGCCCAAGAGAUCAUGUGGUAUCUUCGAUGAAAACCACGAGGAAAACAAGAAGGCCCUCGAGGCUGCCAUCAAGUUGGUCAAUCUUCAAAGGAACGAAGAUCAACAGCUAAAACCUGUUAUCGAAGUCCUAGAUCCUUUCAACAUGUUCAAGGCUUCUUCCCUCGCUUGUCAACUUCUUGAAAUGGGAGCCAUAACUAUUUUCGGUCCUUACAACACUGAUAAUUUCGAAGCAGUCCAGUCCAUCUGUGAUCCGAAGGAGGUUCCAGUAAUACAGACUAGAUGGAACCACCGACCACAAAGAGACUCAUCAAUAAUGAACUUCUAUCCCCACCCUGCCCAGUUGUCGAUGGCAUAUGUAGAAAUUUUGAAAGAAUUGCAGUGGAACCAAUUUAUCCUCUUCUAUGACAAUGAUGAAAGUUUCCUGAGGCUUCUUGAUUUGAUGAAACUGAGUCAAGACAAUCAGUACCUCAUAAUAACCAGACAACUAGAUCCUGACAGUACAGGAAUUUACAGGAACCAGUUCAGAGAAAUAACAGUAUCCCCUGUACGUAACAUUGUGAUAGACUGCAGAUUGGAAAUACUACAAGAGGUCUUGCGUCAAGCCCAGCAGUUGGGUUUGAUGAACAAAAACUACAAUUACUUCAUCGCCAACCUAGAUUUCCAUACCAUUGAAAUGGAACCUUUUCAAUACAGCAACACCAACAUUACAGGGAUCAAACUGAUCAAGGAGAACACAAAGGCAACCUCAGACUUCACAGAGGCGAUCUGCAACUCAGAAGGAUCGGAAGAAGGUUCCCCUGAGGACUGUUCCCUCACAACAAGUUCUGCUUUGAUAGCAGACGCCAUGUUUAUGCUGAACGAUGCCCUCAGCAAUCUUGAAGAAGGUGCUGAUCCCACUAAUGAAGGCCACGCUUGCAACAGCACCACCUCUUGGGAGUAUGGUUCGACUUUGGUAAACAUUGUGAGAACGAUCAAGAUAGAGGGUAGAACUGGCAUGGUCAAGUUUGACAACGAGGGAUACAGGAGCGACUUCACUCUAGUUCUGACCGAAGUACAAGAAAGAGGAAUGGUCGACAUUGGUUAUUGGAAUAUGAGCGAAGGUGUGCAGAUACAGAGACCUCUGCCAUAUCCAGAAACCUGGAACACCAAUGACGAAGAUGACGAUCCCACAAGUCUGGUCAACAAAACUCUUAUCGUCAUAACUGCCUUGACAGAACCGUACUGCUUUUUGAAGGCCUCAUCCGACAAACUUGUUGGCAACGACAGAUACGAAGGAUUCGGAGUGGACUUGAUAGAUGAAAUGGCAAAAUUAGAGAAAUUCAACUACGUCAUCGUCCUGCGCAAGGACAAAAGCAACGGCGCAAAAAGUCCAAGCGGACAAUGGUCAGGUAUGAUUGGUGAUCUGAUCAAUAAGACUGCUGAUUUGGCGAUAGCCGAUUUGACCAUCAAUUCAGAGAGGGCUGAAGCUGUCGAUUUUACCACGCCGUUCAUGGAGCUAGGGAUCAAAAUUCUGUUCCAGAAGCCUACUGGAGCGCCACCUAAUUUCUUUUCCUUCGCUGAACCUUUUGCUGUAGACACUUGGCUUAGCAUAGCUAUGUCCUAUGUGUUCGUCUCUCUAUCUUUGUUCAUCAUGGGCAGAUUGUCAGCUGCCGAAUGGACCAAUCCGUUUCCUUGUAUUGAAGAACCGGAGUACCUGAUCAACCAGUUCAGCCUGUCAAAUUCCUUCUGGUUCUCUACAGGCACUGGGUUACAGCAGGGAACAGAAAUUGCUCCAAUUGCCGUAUCGACGAGAAUGGUAGCAGGCAUGUGGUGGUUCUUCAUAUUGCUGAUGGUGGCAUCCUACACAGCCAAUUUGGCAGCUUUCCUGGCCACCGAGAUUCCCCUAAAGCUAUUCACGGACGUGGAGUCUAUGGUCAACAACGCGGAUGAACAUAAAAUUCGUUAUGGGGCCAAGGCCAAUGGAGCAACUGAGAAAUUCUUCAAGGACUCCAAAGACCACGAGAUCUACGGGAAGAUCUACAAGCACAUGCAGGAACACAGGGAGGAUAUGCCUUCAGACAACAAACAAGGUGUUACGUUGGCUGAUACGGAAAGGUACGCUUUCUUUAUGGAAUCUACGUCUAUCGAGUACGAGACUGAACGCCACUGUGGUUUGGAGAUGUACGGGGAUUACCUGGAUAGAAAAGGCUAUGGAAUAGCUAUGAGAAAAAAUUCUACCUAUCGAAGUCGACUGUCCACAACAAUCUUGAGACUGCAAUCUGCUGGUGUUAUAGACGAUUUGAAAAGAAGAUGGUGGCAAGAGAGAAAAGGUGGAGGUCAAUGUGUUACUAACGAAGACACCGGAGACGCCAAACCACUGGGCAUGAGCAAUUUGGAGGGAGUUUUCUACAUGACAGUGUACGGUCUGAUUGGAGGUUUUGGAUUUGCAGUGCUAGAAAGACUGAUCGAUGUGAUAAGUCUAAGCAGAAAGACUAGGACUUCGUUCUUCAAGGCGCUUCUCUACGAAAUGAAGUUCUACGUCAACUUCGAGAGCAACGUGAAGCCGGUCCUUGGCAGUAAUGCCAACUUGGCGGAUGGAGAAGAACAGGAACAAGAGAUGACUCCGGCAAAACCAUACGGGUUCAUCACAAACUCAAAUGAAAAAUUAGAUAUGUGAAUUGUGAUUUGGUCGCCUUGCUUAUGUUGGUACAAAUGUGUUUUGAAAUUAAAUUGUUUAACAUUA